AUGUAUAAAUUAAUCGUUCCAGAGAAACAUACGAAACUUUGGGAUCUUAGUGUGCAACUACAUGAUAAGUUGGAUAUUGAGAUCUUACUGGAAGAUGGUUAUUUACCCAACAAGGAGCAAUUAAAGACAGCGUGUAUGGUCUUUCCAAGGUCAUCAGAAAUUAUCGACAUUAUAACAUGCAAAAUAUGUAAGAAGAUAUAUUUGACAAAUCCAAGUAAAAUCUUAAGAGUUUGGGCAGGUUACAGAUCCGGUGAAGAGAGCGAUAUUGUUUUUGUUGUUGUAACAAAAGAGGAAAAUGCCGAUAUAGAUUUUGCUUUUGAUUAUGAUCUAGUAAUACGUGGAAAAGAAGAGUUCAGUCUUGAGAACAGGAGUGUAAUAUAUCAGGAAAAUGUGCAAGAUCUUUUCCCAACCAAAGAAGUAAUGUUAGAUGUACAAAGAUGUAUAAAUAAAUAUGUGGAAAGCCUUACCAAAGACCAUUCAAACUUGAGAAUUAUAGCUGGCAGUUCAUUUAAAUCGAAACGUUACAUGAAACCUGAGCCUGAGCCUGAUUUGAUCAAAAGGACAUGCAUAGUUUUUUAUGUGCAUAUCAAAGGCGUUAUCCCAAUCAAAGAAAAAGAGUUUCCAAAGACUCUGACGAGUGAAAACUCGAUCAUCUACGAAACGGAUGUAAGGGAAGGAUAUGUUGACCUGAAAGCAGGGGGUUGGCCUGACGAAAUACAUACAGAUGUAAAGAUGGGUUGCAAAAUUGGUGGUAUGGAAAACGAAGAUGAAUUUGGAACAUUAGGAGGCUUUCUUGAACUACCAAGAUACGGACUGUGUUGUCUUACCUGUGCUCAUGUACUUGUUACGGAAGCUAAAGGGGAAUACGAAGACGAUGAAUUCAUUUGUUAUCAACCUAAUGUAGGAAACAGGAAGACAUUUGGACAGAAAAGGCGUUUUGGCUGUCUAAGAAAAGCACAUACUUACGCAGGCGAUACUGGGAGUGAUCCGCCGAAGGCUGGUCUUGAUUACGCAUUGGUUAAAUUAGAUGAAGACAGAAAGCCUUGCAGUGGAUUAUUUCCGGAUAUAGACAUUACUGAAUGGAAAACUGCAGGAUUUGAUUUUCCGAUGACCUAUACAUCAGGAGAAGUUUUUAACUUUGAUGAAACGUACAGACGAAGAAGAAAUCCCAUCAUCAAAUACGGAGCAAGAACUGGUGUAACUUGUGGUUCUCUAGCAUGGUACGGGCAAUGUAUUGUGCAAGAGGGGCGCCCAACAUUGCUUAAUCAGAUACAAAUAAACCACACAAGAACAGACGAGAAGAAACAAGAAUUUUCAGGAAAAGGUGAUUCCGGCUCCCUUGUAUUCAUGGUCGACAACCAAAACACCCCAACAGCUAUUGGGCUGUUAGUAUGCGGUAAUGCGAAAUUGGGUUGUUCGUAUGCUACUCCAAUCUGUGAAAUAUUGGAUGACAUUAAUAUUGAAAAAAUGAAGAGUUUCAAUCAGUUAUAGGCUAUGUGGUGUCUUAUGAUUGUUUUAACUAGUUUACAGUUGUUUCGCAUUAAUCACGUACCAAUGCAUUUAUUUCAAAAGUCUUUACCACAAUCUUGAUCAAUUUAAAUGAGAAUAUUUACUCACUGUUUGCUCCAAAAGAAAAGAAAGUCUUUAAAAAUGUACAAAGUCCUAAAAAGACAAAAACACUCCGCCAUUCCCUCUCCCCCUCCAAAUAAAACCCCCAAAAAUCUACCGUUAACUUCAAAAAUUAAAAAAUUUAAAAAAUACAGUUAUUCAUCAGGAAAUUUCUAUGCAACCUUAAUGAAUUUCUCUUGAUGAUGUUUGUAUUUAAUAUGAAAUGUAUUAAUUUUUUAUAGAUUGUGUAGACAAUAGGCAUGUAUUCUCCGCUUGUUUAUAAACGUUGUAUGAAUAUAGCGGAGACUAUAAGACUGAAAACAGGCUCGAAUUGUGCACUUUUUAGAAGAGUUUAGAUCUUUAUCUGAUACAUUACUAUUAUUUAUAACAAAACAUUUAAGAUGUAGAACCCACCUCUACCUACCCUUUGAUGGUACAUUAUAAGGGUCAGAGUUAUGUCCCUUGAAAUCAUUUUCAAAAGGCAUUGGUAUACAAAACCCACCAUAUACAUAUCUAUGUAAUGUAAACGUCCCAUCAUUUUAUGCGAAAUGUAUGUCGGAGGAAGUUAAUAAUCAGUCUAGGUGCUCAGAAAUGAAAAACAAAAUGUGCAUAUAUGAGAGUUACGCCCCUUGAAUUUGUCAAGUUAUAGAAAAAUUGGCAAGACUUAUAAUAUUUUUGAAUAGUUUUGUUCAGCUAUAUUUCCGAAAACGAUGUUAUAAGUAGUAUAGGACAUGCGCAUGGGUUGGGAAACCCUAUUUUCAUGCUCCUCCCCUCUUUCCCCUUCGAAGAAGGACGGGUAUGAGGUGUACGAUUUUGCAUAUGUCGGUCGGUCGGGCGGUUGGUAUGUUGACCAAUCGGUUUCUUGAUGAUAACUCAAGAACGCUUGGGCAUAUGAUCGUGAAAGUUAAAAGGGAGGUUGGUCAUAAUCAGCAAAUGACCUCUAUUGAUUUUGAGAUCAGUAGGUCAAAGGUCAAGGUCACAGUGAUCCGAAACACUUAAACGGUUUUCUAAUAAUAACUUGAGAACGCUUAAACCAAGGGUCACAAAACUGGAUAUGGAGAUUGAUCAUGACCAGCAGAUUACUUUCAUUGAUUUUGAGUUAAGCAGGUCAAAGGUCAAGGUCACAGUGACCCGGAACAGUUUCUGAACGAUAACUAAAAAACGCUUGAACCUUAUAUCACGAAACUUGAUAGGGAGGUUUACUAUGACCAGCAGGUAAGUUCUAUUGAUUUUGAGGUCAGUAGGUCAAAGGUCAAUUUCACAUUGACCAAGAACUAGUCUACGGUUUCCAGAUGAUAACUAAAGAAUGCUUUAGCCUAGGACCUUGAAAGUUAAUAAAGAGGAUGUUCAUGAACAGCAAAUGACCCAUAUCGAUUUUGAGAUUAGUAGGUCAAAGGUCAAGGUCACAGUGACCCGGAAUAGUUGAACCGUUUCUGGAUGAUAACUUGUGAACGCUUCGGCUUAGGAUAAAAAAAAGUUGAUAGGAGGUUGAUCAUCAUCAGCACAUGAGCCCUAUAAAUUUUGAGGUCAGUAGGUCAAAGGUCAAGAUCACAUUGACCCAGAAAAGUAAAACAUAUUUUGCCAAAUAACUAGAGAAUGCUUUUGUCUAAGAUCACUUAUGAUUGGUAAAUGACCCAUGAUUAUUGAUUUGAGAUGAAUACUUCUAACGUCUAGUGCACAGUGACCAAAUAGUUUCUGUUCUUUUUGCAGUUACUGAAUGCAGCAGGGGAUGGGGGGAUCUCGUGUUCUACGAGCUCUUGAUCAAUAUUUCAGUCUGUCUGUCUGUCCGUCUCUAUACUUGUCAAUGUCCUAACACAUUUAUCAAAUUCUUGCCUUCCGCACCGUUAUUUCAGAUUUGUUUAAAUUGUAGAGAUGGUACCUAAAAAAAUUCAAAUUCAUCUUUAUAUAUUUUUGAGAGUGAAAUGAUAGCUAAGUGCACCAAUUUUCUAAAUAUAUUUAUAGUUUUCCUCUUCUCCAUGUAGAAAUAGAAUUAUUUGAUAUUUAAAAAAUGACUUUUUCAAAAUAUCUGAAGCAAAAUGGACAACUCUUGUAUUGACCGUUUUUCAAUGAUUUUAGGAUUUCCCCAAUUAUAGUCUAUAUCAAAAGUUUCCACAGCUAAAUAAAUUCAAUAGAGUAUAGUCUACUUUCAACACUUUGAAAGAGCCUAUACUGAACUUCCUUUUGUCUUUUAAUAAAGUCAAAAUCCAAGACUAGCCAAGAGUCUAAAACGCUUGAAAAAAUUCUGAGUGAAAGAGAAUGACCUGCUCUUUAUCAUAAGCUUGCCAAAACCAUAUACCAAAAAUUUACCUGAAAGAAGUUAUUAGAGAUUUUAUAAUGUAAACAAACCCCUACACCAUUUUACCAUCAAUAUUUCCCAUUCAUAAAUGCACUCAAUUCAGGUGAUAGUUGCUGAUAUAAUUGUAAAUGAGAGGCCCCAACAAAAACCUUUUUUUUUUCAUUUUUCAAGUUGUGUAAACAAUUUAGGUUAUAAAUUAAUGUUGAUAUCUGAAGUUACUCGCUUACUUUGUUAAAACAAAAACAAUAAAUAAAACACCUUAUAGCUUGUUUAAAGUAUUUGACCUGUAUCGAAAAUCAUCAAAUAAAGUAAACCCCAUAUGCUUUUUCAGCAUGUAUUCGUUUUUCAAUUAAAGCAAUGAUCGUGAUAAUUCCAUCCAGAGAAUGUUGAAUUGCUUAAAAUACAUUACAUAGAAUCAUUACCUAUGAUCCACCUUCAAAUGUUGUAAUUACAACCACUACCUUAAAACAUUGUAAUUACAUUCGAUGACAAUGAUUUUUGUGUUACAUUAUUUUAAGUAAAGUACUCCUGAACAGUAAGAGAAACUCUUCCAAAUGACUAAAGCAUAAGAAACACUUUCAAAAUGAUUCAUUUAAGUGAUAAAUAUACGCAAUCUAGCUACAUUUUUACACAAAAGUGAUACCAGUUUAACAUUUGUUUUUGUUUUUUCUCAUUGUUGGAUAUAUAAAUUUUACAUUUUAAUGUAUAUUUUGUGUAAACCAAUGUAUCACCAUUAAGAAGAAUAAAUAACUUUGACUAAAAGAUCAGAACUUAAUAACGUUUCCUAAUUUCGUAAAUUUUCUUUAAAGGAAUUUAUGCAUUAUUUUACAUUAUCUUCAUACAUUACUAAACUUUCUAUUAGGGCCUCGCUACAGCUUGUAAAAUAACUGUCAGUGUAAGCCAUGAGAAAAGUGUGCAUAGUGUAUAUUGAAUACAAUGAGAUUUAAACAAAUGUAGAUCAUAUUUUGUCUGCCUGAUCAGUUGUUGGAAAAGGGACCUAUCUGAUUUUUCUUUCACUUUUGUCCAAUGUUUUAUGUUAGCUUCAGUUUAUUGGUCAAUUCAGAGUAGUUCCCCUUAGAUUUAGUUGGGUAGGUACCAUCUCUAUAAAUUGGUGUAAGUAUCAUUUCAUUUGACAGUACAGACAUAUCCAAAUUCAAGUUAAUCAGGAGUCAGAGGCAAACAUAAUCUUGUAGUAUCCGCAAACGCAAAGUCUACAAUGUCUUGUUAUAAAAGAAGAUAUCAAAACCUUACUCUUUCGAUCUAUAUGCGUACAAUUUAAUCGCGUUGUUACGAUUGAAAUAUGAUUUUACGGUUGCUAAGAGCUGUCGUAAUCCCAUUUUGUUGAUUCCACGUCAAAGGUCAUGUCACCAAUUUUGAAAAAAUGACACAUUAGAUACUUUUAUAUCAAAUAAUUUCUGUAUCAACUAUUUUGAUAUUCUAUAAACUUUGUGGAUGUACACAAUGUUAGUGUUUCUUUAGGUCUACAGAAUAAAGAUCAGUGUCAUCUGAGAAGAACUGCAUUUUGACAUUCUUAUUCCUUUUCACUAGUAUUUAACCAAUUAUUAUUUUAUAUAAAGAAUGCUGUAUCCUUUGUUCAGUUCUCAUGGUAUUACUUUACUUUGAUUUCAUAUUGUUUUAACGCCAAUUGUAUAUGCCUCAUUUAAAAAUAAGACAUAUUCUGUCUGUCCGCUUCAAAGCAUGACUCCACAUUUUGCCUCCAUACAUUCAUAUAUUGAGCUUAAUUUGAAAACAAGUGUCAAUGAUAAUCUACAAAACGAGUUGCCGCUAAAAUGUCAACUGAUGUAUACUUUUUUAUUUACAACUUGUCUUUUUGCAUUCAGCCUAUUAAAAAAAAUUCAUUUCGUCGAUGAUAACAUCUGAAACUCGUCUUCAGAUAUUUUGCGUUAUGUUUUAAUUCUUAUAUACGUAAUAAUUCAGCAUGUCGUCAGGUGUAAAGGCUGUCGUUAUUUCAUCUAUUGUGGCUACUUUAGGAUGUUUCGUGAUGUUGCGUUGGCUUGCACGCGGUUUAUGCAACACGUUCCUUUGUGUCGUUCUGGCACACACGCGAACACACCAUAACAAAAUUUUGACAGUUGUGUGUGUUGUUUCGGUAUGCGCGCCAACGCGACAAAACGAAACUAAUAAAGAUACACAGAACACACCAGAAGGAUACAUUUAAUUUCGUAUUUAUCAGAGAGCUCAAGUAACGGAUAAACUUUCAUACAUUUGAUGCAUUCUAAAACUUUCACUGGAAGAUAAUAAGACACAGUUGUUGGCGAGAAAGUGUUAUUUUUGCAGUGAAGAGAAAACGUCUUCCAUUUGCUCAAAGUUACUUAUCAAUUUUAAAUCCCUAAAGAGAGGAUUUCAGCUAGAUGGAAAAAUAUCUUUUUUUUAAAGAAAACGUCUAGAAAAAUAAUUGGUAAAGCAUGCCAGUAAUAUUUUUAAGCAAACACGACGAUUUGCCAAUAACGUAACGGUGUAAUCGGCACUCCAGAGACAUAUCUAUCGAAUUACUACCUUCAUACCUGUAAAAAAUGUCAAAGGUUUAAAAAUCCUUAUAAUUUUGGUUACAAUAAGUUGAUUGUCGGCAGUUUUGCAAAUGUAAAUUGCUCGCACAAGAUUGUCAUUUUUAUUACAUUUCUAUCCGAAAUCAUUAAAAACAAAACAAAUCUUGGGCCUUCUCGUAAUGUAAACAGAAAAGCACUUCAUUUGUAUUACCUUUUGGCCAUUUGUAUGUAACAAAAUAAAAGCCAAAUAAGACUUUUGAUGAGAUCCGUUUCUGAGAAAGUGCUAUCUUCGUUAAAAGUUUUCAAAGCAUUAAUCAUACAUUUAUCACUUUUGAUUGAUUAUGCAUGCGUAUGUAUAUAUCUGAUAUUGUUUUAACACUUAUUUUAGCUAACCAGAACCAAAAGUUCAGGGUGAAUGAUUAGAAAGUAUAGGCUUACUUGAAACAAUUAUCAUUUAGAAUUGAGCAAAACUUGGUAUUUGGUUUUCUGGCAUAGACUUUUUUCACGUUCAAGUUGACUACAUUUUUGGUUUGGUUGAUCAAAAAAAAAAUAUAUAUAAGAAAAUAAGAAAAGGUUAAUUGUCUUCUCAGAAUUACAUCACGUUUGUGUAGUAUUAUUGACUAGUCAUCCCAAAUUAGUUCAGAUAUGUCCUCUUAAAUGAAUUUUAUGAUAAAAACCUAAAUAAAAAGAGAAAAAUCAUUCAGUUCAGUAACUAGACCUGAAAAACGCAGAGGUAGAAAUUUUCGGGAAAGCGUUGUUAGGUUCAUGUGCUUCAGUACAAACUUAGAAUUUAUAAGUCAACACUAAUUUUGAACAUAUCUUAUUCUAUAUUAAGCAUAGAGCAUCGUGUCAUCUGUUUAAAAGGAAAGUUAAAGUCAUAUAAUUAUAAGCAAAUCAUGUUGACAAGUUCUUUCUGCUAAAAUAAAUAAGUACAGAUCUAAUAGUGAUGUGGCACAAAAUUCCUCUUGAAUAUUUUUGAGAUUAUACAAGACAAAUUGGUGCAUUUAAAGUCAGACAAAACUGAGUAAAUUAGACUGAAAAGUAUAUCCGACUAGCUUCAACCCUGAAAUAUAAAGAAAUUCUUCAAGACAAAAUGGUGCAUUUCAAGCUAUUCAAAGAAAAAUCUGAGCUAAUAAGGUCGAAUGUACACAUGCCAGCAUAAUUGGAGCAGAGGUUAUGGUUUUCAAGUAAAUUUUACAUUCUACAAGACAAAACUGUACAUAUUAAAGUCAUAAAGUCAUUGCAGACAAGAAAUUAAUAGCAAAUCAGAUUAACAAGUUAAGCAAACAAGCCAAGAUAAAUAUGCAACAAAUCAGGUCCGGUCAUUGUAUCAAAUCUUCCUGCUUUUGGGGGAUGAAAACAGAAAUUGUGAUUUUUAUGGAGUUAUAAACAGCAUCAAAAGUGCAAUUUGUUAGGAAAAAAGCAGCUGUGCCUCGACCUCGUUACAACUGACAUUUAAAUGUCUUCCCGCGAACCAUUUUAUUGAUACGUAACACAUUUGUCAAAUUUGGUCAAACAUUUUCAUUUGCCUGCACUUAAAACAGUUAAAAUAAGGAAGCAUUUUAAAGCGACUUCUUGUUUCCUUUAUAGACCUUCGUUUAGUUUGUACAAUUUUUUUUGCUUGACUGCAAUAAGGCAGUCGCCGAAAUGUUCAAACAACUCAUUGACUGCUUGUUGGUUUUACACUUACUUUGGUCAGAAUUAUCUUUUCAUUGACAAUUAUUUCAAGCGAGUUUUAAAUAGUUCUUCUUCUCAAUGAAUACAACUAGGAGCCACCAAACCUAAAAGAAGAAAACAGUUUCUUCUUGUAAUUCCUAAAUUGAUAUCCAUCUUAAUUUUAAUCCUUGUAUGGACAAUUUUUAAGUUCGUUCAAAUGAGUCCAGAAAAAAAAGAAAAUUAUUUAAUCUAACAUAUUUGAUGAUCAGCUUGUCUUUUCCUUUAUUUGGAAAAAUACAUUAUAUUAGAAUAAACAAACAUAACACAAAAUAUACCUGUAAUUCUAAGUGUCCCUCAUUCGCAUGGUUUGCUCAUUGUCUGUUCUUUUUCUGACUGUCGGUCGGUCAGUUGGUCGAUAGACCAUUUUGAUUCAGACCAACAAGUAGAGGUUUGGUUUCACAAUAGUUAUAUUUCCUAAGAUACUUCUCUGUGGUCAGAUAAUCGCCUCUAUUAUUUUGGGGUCAGUAGGUCAAAAGUCAAGGUCAAACUGACCUGGAGACUGCACAGGGUUUCUGCUCAAUAAGUAAAGAAUGUUUUAACUUACAGUCGUCAGAAAUCAUGGAAUGAUUGGAGUGAGAAGGUCAAAGGUCAAUGUCACAUUGACCUCGCGUCGAGAAUUUCCACUUAACGCUUCUUCCAUAUGCGUUUUAUCUUCAUAGAAUUAUUGCUUGUAGCCAACUAAUGGCCCAUAAAGCUUUGAGGCCAGUAGGCUGAAGAUCAACGUCACAGUGACAUUGAAACUAUAUAUUUGUAUAUUUGUAUAUAAUAAAAUAGGUUAAGAGAUGAAUUAUUAUCAGAAUGUUUUUUCAAAUUUUUAGUACGCUGGUGUGUUUCCUUUAUGCUAUUGAUACAUUGAUACAGAAGAUGGGUGUGCCUUGAGACAUCCAUUAAAAUAAUAUUUUCAAGGUAACACAGCUUCAAUGUCUAAUUUUCUUGUAUAUAUGAAUCAUGUAUAUGACAUUUAAGGAUAAAUGUUUACUUACUGAACACAUUUCAGAUUUUAUCAUAUAAUCUGUCAUGAUUUAUAUUUAAGAUCAAAAAGGUCGAUGAGCGACUUAUGAUCUUGUUCUAUUCUAGAUGCGAUGUUGCUACUGUUUGCCUUCAGUAUGUAAAACGAAAUGAAAAUUUCGUACUAGUACUUAAAUUUAAAUAUUAUCUUAGGCUUUCUGAGAGUGUACUGAGGAAAGUUACGUUUCAUAAUCUUCCAAAUAAGGUUUAAGUAAAUAUCGUUUAAUUUCAGUCUCAUGUAUACGUUUCAGCAUAUCUAAGAAUGAAUAUAUUUGCUUUCUGUAUGCUUCAAAAGAUAUAAAAUACAAUCAAGAUUUUUCAGAAUUUCAUUUGCUUCAGUAUUUUGAUAUUUUUCGAAAUUCAGAUAGUAGUUUUAGUUAUAAGUAAUUGCAAAUACAAAAUUACAACAAAAUAAUUAAAUACGAGUAAUGCAGUAUGUUUUGAAUUGAUUUUAGUACGGUACUUUAUUUGUCACUUUGUACGAACUUGAUAAGAAUACCAACAAAUUAACUUGUUCAAUAUAAACUAGUUUAUGAUUUUUAGAGCUAUCUGUUUUUCUUAAAAAAAUUUAUUGUGAUGUACAACUGUAGGCAAGCCCUCUCUAAGCAUUUGCGAGGUUUUAUAAUGAACCGUGAAAGCUGUAGCAUUACUGUUUUUACCCCAAAAUUGUAACAAGAGUAAAUUUACAAUAGCCGUAUCCACAGUGAAUAAAACCAUGUUAACAGCUAGGAGUAUAGUAACUCGUGUGUUAGAUCAAUAGUAGUGUACUUCAAAUUUGUAAUCUCUAUAAUAAAUAUAUUCAAAACAUUAAA